CCGAACUGAACUUUAGUAUCAAUUUUAACGUCGUCAAGAACACACACCGAUUUCGUAGACCCAAAAAGGAACACCAGUUAACAGGAUCAGUAUUUAAUCAUGAAAUUCCCAAGUGUAGUAGUAUUUGUGAUUGUGGGUGUAUUUUGUUGGAGUGCACAAGUUCAUGCCAAUAAUUUUAUGUGUUACGAAUGUAAUGAUGACAAUUGCAACACCAUGGAAUUGAUAACCUGUGAAGUUGAGUCUACAACAACACCGAUGGCCACGCCGACAACACUUCCUUCAACAACCACAGAUACAUCGACGACAGUGACUUCGUCAUCUACAACGCCUUCUUCAACAGAACCGCCGAAUUCCUCAUCUUCAACUGCUUCACCAACAUCUUCGUCGUCGUCAACUUCAACAACAACAACCGGUUCCUCGUCGUCAUCGUCAUCCUCUACGGUAACUCCUUCAUCUUCGUCCUCUUCAUCUUCAACAUCAAGCACUGUAACAUCUUCGUCAACCACAAGUCCAACAACAUUGCCAUCAUCUUCGUCUUCUGAGUCAUCGUCGUCCUCUUCGUCAACGACAUCAGCUCCUUCUAGCUCCGAAACCGUUUCAUCAUCAACAACGUCUUCUACAACACCAGCAUCAACUUCUUUGUCGACAUCAGCUUUACGAGCCGAUGUCACCUUUGCAUGUUACACGAUUCUCUAUAAAGAGGGCGACAAGACAAACACCAAAAAGGGAUGUGUAGUUAAAAAUCAAUCGCAAACAGCCUGUGCCGUCGCAGAAGCUGGUAUCCCUGGCCCAGUUGAAAAGUGUGACAUAUGCUUGGAAUCGGAGUGUAAUUCCAGUGCCACAAUUAAACUAUCCAUCAUGGCUGUAUUGCUCCUCUCCAUGGUGCGCUUCUUUAUGUGAGAGGAAAUAAGUCAUAUCUAAUGUCACAACGCGUAUAAAAAGUACAUACAUGUAUGCCGACAUUUCAAUGGAUCUGUAUUAUUUUUACUUCAUUAAAAUUAUUAUUAAAAUAAAUUGUAAUUAAAAUAUGAUUAAAUAAAUAUUCCAGACAAUUGAUAAAAAAAA